AUGGGAGUUGAUGCCUCGUCAUGGACUGCUGAGGUGCCAAGCUCAGUCUCUGGCCUACAGGGCUCACCCUUUGUGAUUCCUUGCUCAUUCAACUACUCGAAACCAGAGAAGAAGCCCUCUGAAUUCACUGGCAUCUGGUUCAAAGACAAAAAUGAGAUUAUAUACCACCCAGACAGCUCCAAAAUCAGUCAAGACUACAAGGGUCGUACAGAGCUGGUGGGAGACGUCCGGCAGAAGGACUGCUCUCUCAAAAUCGACCCUCUCCAUUGCAGUGACAAAGGACCCUUUACUUUCAGGAUUGAAAUCAAAGACCAUGACAAGUAUUUAUACAAAGAUAACACAGUCUCCAUUGCAGUGAGCAGCUCUCCAGACGCCCCCUCUCUCCACUCCGGAAUACCCAGUGUCCAAUCACAGCAGCUGCCCAACGGACAGUGGGAAGUGACGUCAUCCCUGACCUUUACCCCCAGCAGCACUGAUCACAACCAGUCUCUGGUCUGCACAGCAGCAUACACAGGGGGGGGGGAGACAACGAAAACGUUGAAAACUCUUAAUGUCAAAUAUGCCCCAGUGGAUGUGAAGGUUAAGGGAGUGUCCAGUGUGAAGGAGGGAGACUCUGUAGAGCUGAGAUGCUCCAGUGACAGUAACCCUGCUGCCCACAACUACCGUUGGCACAACAGCAGAGGACCUCUGCCCACCACUGGACCCACACUCACACUGGAGAAUGUGACCAGACUCACUGAAGCACUCUACUGCACUGCCAUCAACACAGAGGGACAAGGCCAAUCCAGCCCCCUGAAGCUCAACGUAGAGUAUCCCCCUGAGAUCAAAGUGGGCUCUGCCUGCACUUCAGACAUCUCCAUGGUAACCUGUCUGUGCAUUGUGAAUUUGGAGCCCCCCGGCACCGUGGAGUGGUCUCUUCCAGCCGAACCCCUGCCCACCCUGCCCAGUACCAGACUUGAAAGGUAUGGGUCAGUUACCAUGGUGACCCUACAGAGGGCACUAGGCUUCUCAGAGACGAUCCACUGCCAUGCCAGCAACACCCAGGGCAAUGCCACCUUGUCCUUCACUGUGCCCACAAAUGAUAAGAUGUCGAUGCUGUACGUUUCAAUUGGUAUUGCUGCAUUAGUGGUGGUAGUAAUACUAGUUCCCAUGUCAGCUUGCCGAUUGAACAAGAAGGGUGGGAGGAGUCAUAGUGACCAGCCAGUAGCCAGUAUACAGGACAUGGAUGCAGCCAAGUGUGCUUCCUCAGAUCCCUCAACAUCAAGGAAAGAGCAGAAAGACACCAGCAGUGAAAUCCUCACAAACUACUACACCAACAAUCACCUAUAUGGCAACAUGGAGGCUGAAGAGGAUGGCGACCCAUUCGAAUGUGAUGGUGAAGAUGAUUCAGUCUAUGGUAACGUGUGAACACAACGGGAAGCAUGUGGAAGUCAGCUGGUUCAGAGCCCAUGGUACUCAGUCUGUCAAAGGUUUCAGUAAAAUAUUAUGUAGCAGAACUGGUGACUGCUUAUAUUUGUUAACUUGAUGUAGCUUUAUGGUUCUUAUGGCUAAUGAAUAUGGUGCAUUCUUAUUUGGGCUGUGGCGUUUAUGUUACGGCUUUUACAAGGCGUUUGUUAAUCUGUAGCUUGGUUGAUUCAGAAGGAUUUAUACCCCCAUGCUUCACAGUAGGUAUGGUGUUCUUUGGAUGCAACUCAGCAUUCUUUGUCCUCCAAAC